AUGCCCAUCUGGGAGAGAAAGUUGCGUAAAAAGUCAUCCACGGCCUCAGGUGGAUGUGUGGUGGACGUGCUGGUUGCGCUCAUUGUUUCACUCGACACUGUCAGCCGGAGAAAGUUUGACGUUGCUAUGGUGACGCUUCCAACGCGAGAUUUCACGAGUUCUCGUUUGCCCCAGCACUCCAUCCGUCAUCAAACAAUCAUGGCGGACUACCAAGAGGCGCCCUUGGCUACUCGGCCAAAAACACUGGACCCAAAUGAGUAUUUCAACGUCUCGCCGGAGCAGCGACGUGCCGAAGAAGACAGGGCAGCACUACGAGCGAAUCUAAAGAGGCAGUAUCAGACGCAACUCAAUAACCCGCACAGACAAGAGCUCAUUGAAGACCCUGCCCUGACACGCUGGGUGUUUGCUCGCGCCAACCCCUACACAACCUUCAAGCCUACAUUCAAGACGUCGCUGUUGGGUGCACUGUUUGGAGUUGUGCCUCUCUUCACCCUUUAUUACGUCUUCAAGACAGACAGGGAUAGGAAGGAGGAGAAGAUUAAGGCUGGAACCCUUGAGCGCAAGUUCAGUUUGGCAUCAUGAGCUCCUCCUGUAUGUUCUAGUGAUGUCAGUGUGUGUAAUUAAUAUUAACCGAAUAAAAUUAUAUUGUCAAAAACA